AUGGGCAGCGCCGGCCCCGGGCUGCCCGCCCCGCCGGCCGGCCGCGGCGCCCUGCAGGAUGCGGCCCUGCUGCCGCCGGCGCGGGACCCCGGCGCUCGCGGCUGGGGCGCUGCCGCCGCCAGCCCCAGCCCGCCGGGCACGCCGGAGCAGAGCCUGCCCGCUUUCUGCCUCCACUACUUCGACAUGCUCUACUCGGAGCAGGCUGCCUGGGCGCCCAAGGGCCCGGGGGAGCCGUCGCAAGGCGGCGCUCCGGGCGCCCGGGGCGAGGUGCCGAAGGAGCCGGAGCAGUGCCCCGUCAUCGACAGCCAGGGCCUGGCGCUGGGCGCCGAGCUGGACUUCCAGGGCAGCCUGCACCUGGAGGAGCACUCGCUGGAGCAGGUGCAGAGCAUGGUGGUGGGCGAGGUGCUGAAGGACAUCGAGACGGCCUGCAAGCUCCUCAACAUCGCCGCAGACCCCGCCGACUGGAGCCCCGGCAAUGUGCAGAAGUGGAUCCUGUGGACGGAGCACCAGUACCGGCUGCCGCAGAUCGGGAAAUCCUUCCAGGAGCUGUCGGGCAAGGACCUGUGCGCCAUGUCCGAGGAGCAGUUCUGCCAGCGCUCCCCGGCGUGCGGCGACGUCCUGCACGCUCACCUCGACAUCUGGAAAUCCGCCGCCUGGAUGAAGGAAAAAGCCGCCCCGGGCGACGGGCGAUACUGUGGGGCUGACGGCGCCUGGGCGGACGGCGAGGUGGACUCGUCCUGCGCCGGGCAGCCCAUCCACCUCUGGCAGUUCCUCAAGGAGCUCCUGCUGAAACCCCACAACUACGGGCGCUUCAUCCGCUGGCUCAACAAGGAGAAAGGCAUCUUCAAGAUCGAGGACUCGGCGCAGGUGGCGCGGCUGUGGGGCAUCCGCAAGAACCGCCCGGCCAUGAACUACGACAAGCUGAGCCGCUCCAUCCGGCAGUAUUACAAGAAGGGCAUCAUCCGGAAACCCGACAUCUCCCAGCGCCUCGUCUACCAGUUCGUGCACCCGCUCUGA